UUGCAGAGGGGACAACCUCCAGGUGCGGACGCGCCCGGGACCGGAGUCAGCGAAGACCAUGGCGUUCAUGGUGAAGACCAUGGUGGGCGGCCAGCUGAAGAACCUCACCGGGAGCCUGGGGAGUGGCGAAGACAAGGGGGACAGGGACAAGUCGGCGACCGAAACUCAGGGUAUGAGCCGAGAGGAGUAUGAGGAGUAUCAGAAGCAACUGGUAGAAGAAAAGAUGGAGCGGGACGCACAAUUCACACAGAGGAAGGCAGAGCGGGCCACGCUGCGGAGCCACUUCCGUGACAAAUACCAGCUGCCCAAGAACGAGACAGAUGAGAGCCAGAUCCAGAUGGCAGGUGGAGACGUGGAGCUGCCCCGGGAGCUGGCCAAGAUGAUUGAGGAGGACACAGAGGAGGAGGAGGAGAAGGCCUCAGUCCUUGGGCAGUUGGCCAGCCUUCCUGGCUUAGACCUUGGCUCACUCAAGGACAAGGCCCAGGCCACACUGGGGGACCUCAAGCAAUCAGCUGAAAAGUGCCACCUCAUGUGACUACUUCACCUGGGGUUGCUCACUGGGGUGACCAGAGGGCUGGGCUCACCUGAGCACUAAAAUCAAGUCUCAAUUUCCAUGGACCCAUACCCCAUCUUGUUUUUGUUUCCCCUGUACCAGCCUAGCCCCAGAACACUUCUCUGCCCCCGCCUGCCUUCCAGUCUCUCUCCCCCACUACCCCUCAGGACUCACCCUCCAUACUCAGCCUGGGGAAGCCUCCCAAGAUUGUAGGAAUAGGCCCAACUGACCUUCCCUAGCUAUGGCCCCAAAUUCCUGCACAUAGGUACACCCUUAGAGACACACAGAGGGACACAGAGGCCUUGGAAUGUGCAGAGGCAUACACCACAGAUGAAUCCUGUUGCACACAGACACACACACACAAGCCGAGCCCCCUCUUGCCUCACCCCUCUAGACAUCAACACUCAGAUAUGCUUAGGUAGGCUUUAGGCAGACAACCUCAGUAGACAGGAGGUCUGAGUUUGAGUCUACACAUUUAUCCUCCUUGAAAUCCACUGCUCUUUCUGGGCCUCAUUCCAUCAUAAAUAAAAUGAGGAUGAACUGGGUGA